AGCACUCGGCGGGCGAACCAUACAAUGGCUAUUUGCCUUCGGUACUUGCGAACUCAACAUCAAACACUUGGUAGGCAUUACUUUCAUUUCAACUAUUCCACCAAAAAUCCCACAAACAAAGCCGUCCCCCUGCUCUGGGACUACAGGGAAUCCGGUUCCACGGCUCAGGAAGCAGUCACAGUCCAAUUACAUUCAUGGGGUCGCGGCGCCUCCGGCCAACUCGGUGGCGGAAUUGAAGAAAUACGAAUAUAUCCAGCUGCAGUUGCGUCCCUUUUGCUGCCACCUUCAUUUACUCUGUCUUCCCCCAUCCCAGGUCGCCUUUCGGUGUCGGAAUCAUCAGCUGAGAAUGAGAAUGAUGUUGUUAAAGUAGGUAUUUCUUGUGGGCUUUUUCAUUCGGCAUUGCUGGUUAAUGGGCAGCUGUGGAUAUGGGGCAAAGGUGAUGGUGGCCGCCUUGGCCUUGGCCACGAGGAACCCGUAUUUGUUCCUACUUUGAACAGUCAUUUGGGGUCCAAUUUGGUUAAAUGUGUUGCUCUCGGUGGCGUGCAUUCGGUUGUUCUCAAUUCUCUUGGGCAAGUUUUUACUUGGGGCUAUGGUGGCUUUGGUGCUCUUGGACAUUCUGUUUAUCACAGGGAGCUGCUCCCUAGGUUAGUUGAAGGUCCUUGGACUGAAGAAAUAUAUCAUAUUGCAACAAGCGGGACACAUACAGCUGCUAUAACAAAAUCAGGUGAGCUGUAUAUCUGGGGUCGAGAUGAGGGGGAUGGUCGACUGGGCCUUGGCCCUGGUCGUGGCCCGAAUGAAGCAGGUGGCCUAAGUAUACCCUCUAAAGUAAGAGCACUUCCCAUGCCUGUAGCUGCUGUUUCAUGUGGUGGUUUUUUCACGAUGGCAUUGUCAAAGGAGGGCCGACUUUGGAACUGGGGAGGUUGUUCAAAAGUUUUUCUGUCUGACGGUGAAGAUUUGGGGUUCACAAAUUACCAAAUCUGGGGAAGCGAAAAAAUCCACCAGCUAAUCCACCAGCUUAUGACCUUUGUGUAUCCUCUGCUGACCUCUUUGCCACCUCCAGUUCAUAUAUGGUCAGCAAAUUCGAAUUAUGAGCUUGGACGAGGUGAUAAGCUUGGUGGUUGGAAACCGCAACCGGUUCCUAGUCUCAAAGAUGUUCGUAUAGUCCAGAUAGCAAGUGGUGGAUAUCAUUCCAUUGCUUUGACUGAUAAAGGAGAAGUAUUUACAUGGGGUCAUGGUGGGCAUGGUCAGUUGGGUCAUUCUAAUAUUCAAAACCAGAAAGUUCCUUUGCGCGUUGAGGCUUUAGCUAAUGAGAAGGUGACCUAUGUUGCUUGUGGGAGCUCAUCAUCAGCAGCUAUAACUGAUGAAGGCAAGUUGUACAUGUGGGGAAAUGCCAAGGAUUGUCAACUAGGGAUUCCUGGACUUCCAGAGGUGCAACCGUCUCCUGUUGAAGUUAAAUUUCUCACCGAGGAUGAUGGGUCAAUGAUUGAAAAGGUACUUUCUGUUGCGAUUGGUGCUUCGCAUGCCAUGUGUCUGGUUACAAGGUCAAAUAGCUGAAGAUCAAUAUCCUCUCCAGCAUGCUUCAAGCUCUUUCAUAUGUCAGAAAGCUCGAAGAGGAAUUGCUUGAAAAUUACUAGGAAUUCAUUCGUAGGAAGCAUCAAUUGCAUUCUCUGGGGUGAAGCAAGUAUCAUCCAAAUAUGCCUAGUGCUAACUCUACUUUGGGAUAGUCGCAGAAGAUGCAUCCAUAUUAUGAGAAUGCUUUCUGCCUCUGUUAAGCUAACUUUAGCCUGUCAGACUACAUACAGAGGAGCUACUGGAAUUGCCACGACACUUUGAAAACAGUUACAGCAAUUUUGGUCCUCUUUUAGUCUUUAGAUCUUUAGUGAAGCUAUGAAGACGUUUGGGAAGAUUUGAAUUUCCUAAUGUUGUGUGUAAAGUUUUGGGCAGAAGUGGGAUUUACCAGUGUACGCUAAUACUUGAAUGAAGUUGCACGCUUCCAUUAUC